CCCCUUAACCCCGGGCGUCUCCAUUUUGGCGGUGGGUGGAGAGGCGGCUAGGACGGCCGCAUUAUCGGUGCGGGGUCUUCAGUACUCCAAGGGCCUAGUCGGUUCAACGCACUUUCUCCUUUCCUUCCUCUGCCCGCAGAAGCCGGAGGCGCGCAUGGCGGGCUUGGAGGUACUGUUCGCGUCGGUGGCGCCCGCGAUCACCUGUGCGCAGGACGCGCUCAUCUGCUUCCUGCACUGGGAGGUGGUGACGCACGGCUACUACGGCUUGGGGGUCGGCGAUCAGCCGGGUCCCAGUGACAAGAAAUCAGAACUGCUCCCCGCCGAGUGGAACAGCAACAAAGACCUGUACACCCUCCGGUACGAGUCCAAGGACGGGGCCCGGAGGCUCCUCGUGAAGGCCAUCACCGUGGAGAGCAGCAUGAUCGUCAACGUGCUGGAAUACGGCUCAGAGCAAGUGUCAGACUUGACGCUCAACUUGGAUGAUUAUAUCGAUUCAGAACACCUGACCGACUUCCACAGGACCUACAAGAACAGUGAGGAGCUUCGGUCUCGUAUUGUGUCUGGAAUCAUCACCCCUAUCCAUGAGCGCUGGAACAAGGCUAGUGCAAACAGUCUCCACCGAGAGCUUCCCCCGGCUACUCCCGAAGAGGUGGACCCACUACGGAUUUACCCACAGCGCCCGCAGCACCCACAAACUAGCCGGCAGCCUUCCUGGCGGGAUCCCCUGGGCCCAUUUGCUGUCGGGGGAGAGGACUUAGACCCCUUCGGGUAUCGGAGCGGGGGUAUGAUCGUGGACCCCCUGAGAUCUGGCUUUCCGAGAGUACCUAUUGACCCAUCCUCGGGCCUCCCAAACCGGCUUCCUCCAGGCGCUGUGCCCCCAGGAGCGCGCUUUGACCCCUUCGGACCCAUCGGGACCAGCCCACCCGGCCCGAGGCCUGACAGACGCGGUCAGUGAUGAACCUUGUGCUGGAGUGGAAAGAGCACCAUAGAACAUCAGGCUCAGAGGCAAGAGAUCAAAGCAAUGGUCCCUCUGGCUUCACGACUAGCAUUUCAACCAUGUUUGGGUCCUUCCACUUCUCAGCUCCUUGGGGCUUCUUUGCCCAAAUUAGGACAUACCAUUUAUUUGUGGAUGGGGAGCUACCAGAGCCUUCCUGAGGCAUCUGCUACUGUGCUGUGUCCUGUCUGCCUUGCCUGAGAGUAGGUUAGGGGUAAAAUAAACUGGCGCGUGGCCCAGGAGGAGCCCGAGCUGGAGGCCAGGCCUGGGUGGGGAGGCUAGCCUGAGUGGGCUCGCUGGGCAUUUCCGGCAGACCCCAUCUCAAGCACCGAUCUAGCCGAAGACCACUUCAAAUCUUUUAGAACAUGUCUGCUCUGGAGAAAGACGCAGAGGUUGGACAGUUACAAAUGCAAUCAUCUAUCAUAGUUUUCUUCCUCAAGGGCCAGCAAAUGGGUGGGAUGUUUUUGUUUUGAAAUUGGAUCAUAUCUGCUACCAAAAUUCUUGGGGGCAGUAUGCUCAUAAAAGCAUCCUUUACUACAAAAGGAAACAUUUAAAGGAACAUCAGACCAGAGACCAUCAGACAAGCAGGGUAGAUAACUUUUAGGACCCUUAGUCAAAGAAAAGCUUGAAACAAUAAAUUUGCCACUUAGAUUUUCUAGUGGCAAAGGUCAAAAGACUAGUCCUAUACAUAAUUCUGUUUUCUGAAAACAGAAACUUUAGUGAUUCAUCUGCAGAAUCAGCCAUUCUGUGUGUGGGGUCUCCUUGCAUCAAGGACACUGAGGGACAGAGGUGAUGUCUUAGCUGCUACUCGGGGCUCUUAAGAACUUUCAGGUCAAGCUGUCUGUGCUUGUAUCAGGCCGUGUCCGUCCCUUCAGCCAUGGGCAAUCAUCAGGCAGCAAAUGGGAAUGGUUCAGGGGUGUGUGCUUUGGAACCUGAAAGGUUGGAGCCUUAAUAAAUAUCAGCACUUAAUAACCUUGUCCUCAUUUUUAAAUAACUUUAUUGAGAUAUAAUUCAGAUACCCAUAAAGUUCACCCUUUUAAAAAGUGUGCGUUUAAGCGGUUUUUAGUGUAUACGCAGCGUUGUGCAUCUGUCACUCUAUCCAAUUUCUGAACGUCUUCCCCAGCUCAGGCAACCUCUAGUCUCUUUUCUGUCUCUGAAGAUUGGCCUGUUCCAGGCAGUUCUUGUAAGUGGAAUCACAUAAUAUGUGGCCUUUUGCAUCUGGCUUAUUUCACUUAAAGUUUUUAGGGUUCAUCCAUGUUGUGUGUAUCAGUGCAUUGUUCCUUUUUCUGGCCAAAUAAUACUCCACUGUAUAAAUAUACCACAUUUUCUUUAUCCAUUUAUCAGUUGAGAGACCGCUGGGUUGUUUUCACUUUUUAGCUCCUGUGAAUACUGUUGCUAUGAACAUUUGUGUACAAAUUUUUGUGUGGACAUGAGUUUGUAAUUCUUUUGGGUACAUACCUAGGAGUGGAAUUGCUGGGUCAUAUGGUAACUAACUCGAUAUCUAACUUUCUGAGGAACUGCUCGACCAAUUUCCAAAGUAGCUGUGCCAUUUUACAUUCCCAGCAGCAGGGUAUGAGGGUUCCAGUUUCUGCACAUCUUU